GUAUCUUCAUUGAAACCUUUCUCUGUAAAUUGAUCCUCUUCCCUGAACACCUGAACGUGUUUAGUAGAUUGCUGAAGAAAGAUUGAAAGCAAGAUGAGUUCGGUGCCAAAGGAGACAAUCGAAGUGAUCGCACAGAGCAUUGGCAUCACCAAUUUGUCCCCCGAUGUUGCUCUCGCUCUCGCUCCCGAUCUCGAGUAUCGUAUUCGCGAAAUCAUGCAGGAGUCGAUAAAAUGUAUGCGCCACUCGAGGAGAACUUUCCUUACUUCAGAUGAUGUGGAUAGUGCACUUGCAUUGAGAAAUUUAGAGCCGAUAUAUGGUUUCACCUCAAAUGAUCCUCUGCGGUUCAAAAGAGCUGCUGGGCACAAGGAUUUGUUCUACAUUGAUGACAAAGAUGUGGAUAUUAAAGAUCUGCUUGAAGCACCUUUACCAAAAGCACCCCUUGAUACAUCAAUUACCAGUCACUGGUUGGCUAUUGAAGGUGUGCAACCUGCGAUUCCCGAAAAUGCUCCAGUUGAAGCUUCGUCUGAGAUGAGAAAAUCUGAAUACAAGGAAGACGGGCUUCCUGUUGAUGUUAAAUUACCUGUUAAACAUGUAAUAACAAGGGAGCUUCAGCUUUACUAUGAAAAAAUUACUGGGCUGAGUUUAAAUAAGCCUGGUUCUAUUCCUUUUAGAAGAGCAUUGGUUAGCUUGGCAACUGACUCCGGACUUCAUCCCUUAGUUCCUUAUCUCACAUGCUUUGUUGCAGAUGAGGUGGCACGAAAUCUAAAUAAUUUAAAUAUUUUAUUUGCCUUGAUGCGCCUUGUGCGGAGCCUUUUGCAUAAUCCUCACAUACACACAGAACUUUAUGUACAUCAGUUGAUGCCACCUAUCCUUACUUGCGUCGUUGCGAAAAGGAUAGGAAACAGACUAUCUGAUGAUCACUGGGAGCUUAGGAACUUCAGUGCUAAUCUUGUUGCUUCAAUAUGCAAAAGAUUUGGGCAUGUUUAUCACAAUCUUCAGCCGCGUGUGACGAAGACAUUUCUUCAUUCUUUCUUGGACCCUACAAAAGCUCUAACUCAACACUAUGGUGCAAUUAAAGGAAUAGCAGCUCUUGGAUCAAGAAUGGUGCGCUUGCUUAUACUUCCGAAUCUCGAGCCGUAUUUGCAUCUCAUUGAGCCAGAAAUGCAACUUGAGAAGCAAAAAAAUGAAAUAAAAAGGCAUGAAGCGUGGCAAGUUUAUGGGGCCUUGUUGUGUGCAGUAGGUCAAUGUAUGCAUGAAAAGGCCAAAAUAUUCAGCAGUUUGCUCUCACCUCCAACCCGUGUCACUUCAAGAGGCAAUGGAAAAGCCUUGAUUUCAAUGCCAAUUAAUGUAGGUAAACGUAAAGCCAGCACUGACAAUCUAAUGCAGCAGCAGCAACCUCCACUGAAGAAAAUUGCAACAGAUGGUCCUGGGGGUGUAAUAGCAAUGAACUCCAUGUCAGUGGACAACAUGCAAGGUUCAACAGGUGGAUAUUCCACCAUGAUGGGGGUUUCCAAUGUUGGCAUGUCAUCAAUGGGUCGUCAAUUAUCCAAUGACCAUCACAUGCCAGGAAGAGAGGUUGCGGGUCAACAAUCGAAAGCAUCUGCCAUUCUUGCUCAAGCUUGGAAGGAUGACAUCGAUGCAGGACAGUUGCUGUCAUCAGUGGUUGAAUUAUUUGGCGAAAGAGUGUUGUCAUUUAUUCCAAAACCUGAAGCAUGUAUAUUUUUGUAAAGCUGAGUUCACUGAAUUUUUGUAUCGUUAUAGGCUAGAAUAGAAACCUUUACUUUGAUGUCUUUAAAAUUUAAACCCAUGAAAAAACUAGUGUGAACACCCUACUUCUUUCUUGUGUUCUUUGGUCUUGCAUGAUUUAUUUAUCAUAGAUUCUCUCUAUACACAAAGGUGCAACUUUCUCUA